AUGGCGAGUCUUUUCCGAUACCGCCAUCACUCCUCCGUUGCUAGCGUCAUAAUUCGGCAAUUAGAAAGAUCAAGAAAUAAUAUUUCUCUUUGUUGUUUACCCCCGUUACUAUCCCUUCAAUUUAAUCUUCUUACUAAAGACCAAUAUUGGUAUAGACCGCCUCAUGAGCGUGCUCAAUUCCAAUAUGGUCAAAUUCAUGUAAAAUCACUUCUUCUCAAACUUGACCCUUCUGUAUACAUGUCAUAUGACAACUUCUACAGUGUCAUGCAAGAAAAUCUUGAGAAUUGGGGCGAGGAGUUUGAGAAUAAUUAUCGUCACAAUAUCAUUCAUGAUAUGAUAGGCAAAGUAAGCAAAAUUGUUGAUAAUGAGUCCAACAAACGUCGCUUCGUAGUGAAGGUGAUCGUUGGUGUAGCUUUAGCUAUUGACCAUUAUCGUGAUACGGAGAUUUUCUCAGAAGAAUUAUCGAGCUUCAAUGCGAUGGUACCUGCUUCUACGUCAUCCAUGUUGCAUUUGCUAAAGAGGAUCGGUAUCGACGUUGGUGAUAAUAUUCCGAAUGAUGACUGUGUCAUCUGCUUUGAAAAGCUUCGACAGGGGAGAGAGUUGCUGUGCAUGCCUUGCUCACAUAUGUUUCAUCCAGAUUGCAUUACAACCUGGUUAAAGAGUGGUCAUUCUUGCCCUAUCUGUCGUUAUGAUCUUCUGGCUAACUAG